AUGAGCACAUGUUGUUGGUGUACACCAGGUGGUAUUUCCACCAUUGACUUCCUGCAACGCUAUGUAUCCAAGACCCACUCCAGUGAAUUUCAGACAGCUGAGGAAGACCUCUGCUACUGCUUAGAAUGUGUGGCGGAAUACCACAAAGCAAGGGAUGAAUUGCCAUUCUUACAUAAGGUUUUAUGGGAAUUAGAAACCUCACGUCUCAUAAAUCAUUUUGAAAAGGCCAUGAAGGGAGAAAUUGGAGACGAUGACGAGUUAUAUAUAGUAGACAACAAUGGAGGGGCACAGAUGUUUGACCUUACAGGCCAAGACUUUGAAAAUAAGCUUCGAGUUGCUCUUCUUGAAGUACUGAAAUAUCCUUAUUUGCUUUUACAUGAGCGUGUUAAUGAAUUAUGCGUUGAAGCACUUUGCCGGAUGGAACAAGCUAACUGCUCCUUUCAGGUUUUUGACAAACAUCCAGGGAUCUAUUUGUUUUUGGUCCAUCCCAAUGAAAUGGUUUCGCGUUGGGCUAUCCUGACAGCAAGAAACUUGGGGAAAGUGGACAGAGAUGAUUAUUAUGACUUACAGGAGGUUUUGACUUGCCUUUUUAAAGUUACUGAGUUAGGGCUUUUAGAAAGUCCAGACAUUGAUACUUCUGUCCUUGAGAAGGGUAAACUGAUUCUUCUGCCUUCACACAUGUAUGAUACUGCCAACUACAAAAACUAUUGGUUAGGUAUUUGCAUGUUGCUGACCAUUCUUGAGGAGCAAACCAUGGAUUCACUGUUGUUGAGCUCAAACAAACAGAAUGAUUUUAUGCAAUCAAUACUUCACGCCAUGGAGAGACAAUCAGAUGAUGAUAAUGUGGAUCCUUUCUGGCCAGCGUUACACUGUUUCAUGGUGAUUCUGGAUCGUCUUGGAUCUAAGGUCUGGGGUCAACUUAUUGAUCCUAUUGAGGCAUUUCAAACCAUUAUCAACAACGUGAGCUACAGGAAAGAGAUCCAGAACAUACGGAGCAGUUCUGUGAGGACCAAGUCAGAACCGGAGUCAUAUUUAGAUGAUAUGGUGACUUGCAGCCAGAUGGUAUACAAUUAUAACCCUGAAAAGACCAAAAAGGAUUCAGGGUGGAGAUCAGCCAUUUGCCCAGAUUAUUGUCCUAACAUGUAUGAAGAAAUGGAAACAUUAGCUAACGUGCUUCAGUCAGAUAUCGGUCAAGACAUGCGUGUUCAUAACAGCACGUUUCUGUGGUUCAUUCCCUUUGUGCAGUCCCUCAUGGAUCUUAAGGAUCUGGGUGUGGCUUAUAUAGUGGAGGUUAUUCAUCAUCUGCAUUCUGAAGUCAAAGACGUCCUCAACCAGACGGACGCCGUGUGUGACACAGUCACUGAGUUUUUCCUUCUGAUUUUGGUGUCAGUGAUUGAACUGCAUAGAAAUAAAAAGUGUUUGCAUUUGCUGUGGGUUAGUUCCCAGCACUGGGUGGAAGCCAUCGUAAAAUGUGCCAAGCUUCCCACCACCGCGUUUGCUCGGAGUUCUGAGAAGUCAUCUGGAAACUGCUCCAAAGGCACAACAAUGAUACCUCUGUCACUGCAUUCAGUGCCAUCUAACUCUGUACAACUUGCUUGUCUGCAGCUGAUCAGAAGUCUCCUUAAAGAAGGCUAUCAGCUUGGGCAGCAGACUCUUUGUAAGCGAUUCUGGGAUAAGCUCAACUUAUUCCUACGAGGAAAUAUAUCUUUAGGUUGGCAGUUGACAAGUCAGGAAACCCAUGAGUUACAAACUUGUUUAAAGCAAAUUAUUAGAAACAUAAAAUUCAAAGUGCCUCAGUGUAGCACUUCUGUGGAUCUGACUCCUCCAUGUAAAACGCCUCCUGCAUCUUACAAUAAAGAAGAAAGUGAACAAACAGGUAAGAAGUCUAAAAAACACAGGCACUGUCUGGAAAACUCCAGCCCAACAUUCUCUAAAGAACCGAUGAAAGCUGAUGCCUGUCAAGUGAAAGAGAGUAUUUUCAGCAAGGCACAUAAUGCCAUAGAAGAGCAUAAUGAGCAAACUUAUAUAAAAGAUUUGAAACGCAAAGACCAUCUCUCAGCUGAGUUGUGCUUGAAGCCCAGUAGUAAAAGGCUUGUUAAUGAAAGAGCUCGAGGCCAAAUUAAAAUAAGUACAGGGAAGCAUAAGUCUGUAAAAGAGAAUUCCUCAUAUACCCCACAGAAUUGUACUUCAAGAAAUGGUCCAGAAAAGGUAUUUGACAGAGGAAUAAUCACAUCAGCAGGUUUGUUGACUGAUUCUAGCAAUGACUCUCUGGAAAAGGUAUCCACAUCAGAUGAGGAUUUCUCUUUAAAGGAUGAUGCUCUUGGCAAAACAUCAAAAGCAAGAACUAAGGCACAUAAAGAUGAAAUCUGUGCUAAGUUAUCGCAUGUAAUGAAAAAGCAAGACAGGAAAAGUACCACUUUAGAGGAAAACCUGACUGUAUCUAGCAUUGAAAGUUUCUGUUCAAAGAAAGAUGCAGGAGGUCAGAAAGGAGAUGGCUUCAUACACAAUCUCUCUUUAGGCCCUAGUGGUGUUCUGGAUGAUAAAAAUGGACAACAAAAACCUGAAAACAGUUUAUUGCUGAAAAAGAAACAAGUAAAGGAAGAAGAGUUGGGCAUUUUCUCCACCCCUGAUAUCAGUUGUCAAAUACUAGAAUGUCAUGUUGGUAAUAAAGAUUUGGUCUCAUUCACAGAAAUGACCAAUAUUUUUGUGGAGAAAACACCUCCCUUUAAAGAUCCUGUGACUGUACUUGAAUCAAGAGAUAUGGGAAUUAGCAAGAGUACUGUUCAGUUUUCUUCUGAUUUAAGAGAACAGGUCCUUAGCAUCAGUCCUAAGUCUGACCCUUUAACAGAUUCUCAGAUAGACAGAGACAUCCACAUAUUAUCUUUAAUAGCUCAAGCCAGUGUUAUUAAGUUCCCAUCAGGUUCAACCCAAAGAAGUUUAUCCCAGCUACAAAGAAAAGUUAAAGAUGAUAGAAGAUGUUUGACAGCCAACCAAAAUAGUGUCAGGGAAACCUGCUGUGGACACGUCAUUAUUAUUUCCGAUUCUGAUGAAGAAGAUGAUGAUGAUGAAAGAAUUGUGGGUUUUAAGAAACACAUUAAACAGGGUAAAACAUGCAUUGAGAAAGAAUGUCCAGAGCAUCAUACUUCAAUAGCUAACACAAAUGUGGAACAGAAUGUAAUAAAGGAAGAAAAUACAAGGUCCCUUUUGCGGUUUGAGGAAUCGGAUUCUCAUUUUUUUGAGUUUGAAAGUCCAUGUGAAGUGUUUUCAGUUUGGCAAGAUCAGAAAGCAGACAAGAAUUCAGUUCAAGAGAAUGAAGAUAAUUCGUGCUUGACUCAUGUAGGUGAUACCACAGAUGAUUGGGGUUAUGGUACAGCUUAUGUACCUGAAGAGGUCAUUAAAACAGCAGAGGCAGCUUUGAAAGAGGGAGAACCUGAAUCCAACAGUGACAUAGAGGAGGAUAAUACAUUUUUAACACAAUAUGAUCCGGAAGAUAUGGAUUUAUGUUCACAAAUGGAGAAAGAGAAUGAUGAACUCAUUGAAGUAGUUCAUGGAAAAGAUACAGUCCAGGUAGAAGAAGAUUCUGUGAGUCGGCCUCAGUUGGAAUCUUGGAGUAGCACAAAAUGUAAAUACAAAGAUUGUGUGGAAACACUGAAAAACCAGGGUGAAUACUGUUCCAAACACUCUGAAGCUAAAGCAGCAGAUGAAGAUAUAUUUCGUAGACCUGGCUUGCCUCUCUCUGCAUCUAAACCUUCGAGACCUCCCACUGCUAAGAUAUUUACCUCCAGUAGUACUUCACGAAUUGCUGGUCUUUACAAGUCUUUGGUAAAUACGUCAGCACUCUUACCAACUCUGCAAAAUAAGUCAAGUGGGGUACAAUGUGCUUUGAAAGUACCACAGCCAGUCUCUCUGGUGUCUCAGAAGCCAGUGGCUGAAAUGAAGGGUUUGUGCAACGUUCUCCAGUCUCAUACUCCAAAUAAUUCCAACAGGCAAGGCUACAAAGUUCCAUUUUGUGAAAACAGAUCUUUUUCGCCUUCCUCUCCAGUAAACAUUUUCUUGUCAGCACAGUCCAUCUCUGACACCUUCGUUAAAGAGGUCUUAAAAUGGAAAUACGCAAUGUUUGUGGACUUUGAUCAGUGCGGACCCCCUUCAACUCUUUGUCAGUCCAUCACAAGACCUGUGCCUGUGAGAUUUCAAGAUGGUAGAGAUUAUUUUAAUGUGUUUUUCCCUUUGAUGAUCCUGAAUACUUUUGAAACAGUGGCACAGGAAUGGAUCAGCUCUCCAAACAAAGAGAAAUUCCAUCAGUUGCAUUUACGAAAAUUUCCUGCUGAUUAUAAAAAAUACUGGGAGUUUGUGGUUUAUCUUGAGGAAUGUGAACUAGCUAAACAGCUUCAUCCAAAGGAAAGUGAUUUGGUGUUUUUGGUCCCUGAAAGACUAAAUGGAGAGAAGAAGGAUAUAGAGAGAAAUCGCCUGCAAGUACCCCGUGAACAUUACUGUGGCUAUGUUCAUACGUUCCGCCGCACUUCAGUCAUGCGUAAUGGGAAAUCUGAGUGUUCCCUUUCCAUCCAGACUCAACAUAAUUUACCAGUCAAUUUAAAUGAAUUCGUGAAAUGUCUUGUAAUCAGCUCUCUGGUGACUACACAGAGGAAGUUGAAAGCCAUGUCUUUGCUGAGUGGUCGGAACCAACUGGCCAGAGCCAUUCUGAAUCCAAACCCCAUGGACUUCUGUACAAAAGAUUUACUAACUACAGCAUCUGAGAGAAUUAUUGCCUACCUAAAAGAUUUCAAUGAAGACCAAAAGAAAGCGAUAGAAACUGCAUAUGCCAUGGUGAAACACUCCCCAGCAGUUGCCAAGAUCUGUCUGAUUCAUGGACCACCCGGGACAGGAAAAUCAAAAACCAUUGUGGGCCUCCUGUACCACCUACUGACAGAGAGGAGGGGGCAUUCAGAUGAGAACUCCAAUGCCAAAAUCAAACAAAACCGUGUCCUUGUGUGUGCACCUUCCAAUACAGCUGUUGAUGAACUUACAAAAAAAAUUAUGCUUGAAUUCAACGAGAAGUGUAAAGACAAGAAGAAUCCUUUAGGAAACUGUGGAGAUAUAAAUUUAGUACGUCUAGGUCCAGAAAAGUCUAUUAAUACUGAGGUCCUAAAAUUCAGUUUGGACAGCCAAGUUAACCACAGAAUGAAAAAAGACUUACCUUCUCAUAUUCAUGAGAUGCACAGAAGAAAGGAAUUUCUAGGUCAUCAACUAGAUGAACUUUCUCGCCAGCGUGCUUUAUGCCGAGGUGGAAGGGAACUACAGAGGCAAGAAUUAGAUGAAAAAAUGGCCAAAGUUUCACAAGAAAGGCAGGAGCUUUCUUCUAAAAUUAAAGAGGUUCAAGGAUGCCCACAAAAGACACAGAACAUCAUCAUCUUAGAGUCCCACAUCAUCUGCUGCACACUGAGCACGAGUGGUGGUUUGCUGCUCGAGGCUGCUUUCCGUGGGCAAGGGGGUGUCCCCUUUAGUUGUGUCAUUGUUGAUGAGGCUGGACAGUCUUGUGAAGUUGAAACUCUUACUCCCCUCAUACAUGGUUGCAACAAGCUCAUCCUUGUAGGAGAUCCUAAGCAGCUCCCUCCCACAGUCAUUUCCAUGAAGGCCCAGGAGUAUGGCUAUGACCAGUCGAUGAUGGCCCGCUUCUACAACCUUCUGGAAGAGAACGUGGAGCACAAUGUGAUUGGCAGGCUGCCUGUCUUACAGCUCACCAUUCAGUACAGGAUGCACCCAGACAUAUGUCUCUUCCCUUCUAAUUACAUUUAUAACAGGAACUUGAAAACAAAUAGAAUGACAGAGACCAUUCGGUGUUCAUCUGACUGGCCAUUUCAACCCUACCUCGUGUUUGAUGUUGAAGAUGGUUCAGAAAAGCGGGAUAAUGACUCAUAUGUAAAUGUUCAAGAAAUAAAACUGGUAAUGGAAAUAAUUAAACUUAUGAAAGACAGAAGAAGGGAUGUUACUUUCCGAAACGUUGGCAUAAUAACCCAUUACAAGGCUCAGAAGAUGAUGAUUCAGAAGGAUUUGGACAAAGAGUUUGAUAGAAAAGGGCCAGCAGAAGUAGAUACCGUGGAUGCCUUCCAGGGUCGUGAGAAAGACUGUAUUAUUGUUACAUGUGUCAGAGCAAAUGCCAUGCAAGGCUCAAUUGGGUUUCUGGCAAGUUUGCAGAGAUUGAAUGUCACCAUCACACGAGCCAAGUAUAGCCUCUUCAUCCUGGGACAUUUGAGGACCCUGAUGGAAAACCAGCAUUGGAACCACCUGAUUCAGGAUGCGCAGAAGCGUGGUGCCAUUAUUAAGACUUGCAACAAAUACUAUAGAUACGAUGCAAUGAAGAUUCUGAAACACAGGCCCAUACUGCAGAGAAGUCUGACUCACCCUCCUGCUAUCACGCCAGAGGUUUCCAGACCCCAGGGCAGAGUGCCCAGCAACAAGCUAGACAGUGAAUUUGCCGAGAUGUCUCUUGCUUCUUCCCUGUACCCCUCACCCUCUGAGUCCAAAGAAGCCACUGUCACUGUUACUGCAAAGGACCCUGAAAGGCCACCCCUUCAGGACUGGCCUCGGGACCCACGACUGCUUAGGAGGAUGGGCUUGGGCUGUGAAGCCAAAGGGAAGAGCCUCUUUGAGCUGCAGCCCUUGAGCCCCUGGUAUCCUGGAGCAACGCCUCCCUCUGGAGAGCAAGGCUCCCCCGGAAGUCACCAGGAUCCGACCAGUAUUGGGCAGCAGGCCCCCACCAAGGGAGCUGCUGUGAACAACCAGAGACCUCGCAUGCAGUGUGAUCCUCCAGCUGCUAGUACCAGUACUUCCACGAGUGAGAGAAGAUGUGCCCAGGAAGGGGAGGCACUCAGCCACAGGAGGGAGACCAGUGCCUUCACCAAGGGGAAUCAGGAGAGGCGUGGCUCUCUGAGCCACCACACAAAGAGGAACUCAGGCUGGGACGAGAGGGGACUGGAGGAGGAGGACAGUAGAUUGAAGAAGAGGAAGCUUUUAUAGUGGAGCCAAAUGAGACUGUCAGUCACAAGCAUUACUGCAAACUUCAGAUGACCAGCUAGUAGGACUGUCCAGAUAAGAUUACUUUUUUCCUUAAAGGAGUUUGUGUGCUGUUGGAAAACAGAAAAUGUAUCCUAACACAUGGGCCUCUUGGUCAUCUUCAGUACAUUUUGUCAGUUUCAAAAGCUUUCAGAAGGCAUUUGUGUAUCAGUAAUAAUGUCCUCGAAGUCGAAGACUUAAAAUGUUGAUCUCUUGUUCUUCUGUAGGAAAGGUCAGACUGGAGGAUUUUAAGAGGAUGCUGUAAAAGUUGGAAUGUAUAUUUGUAUAGCAAAUAACAGAAUCCUCUUAAAAUUUGGUAGACAGCUUUUCUUUCCCCUGCUUAAAAUGUUAAUCAUUUUCAACGGAACAAACCUUAUAUUUUAAAAAAAAAGAUGGGAGGAGGGCAGGUCCUUUCAGAGAUUGUUGUAGCAAACAGACGUCUUUAACAGCCCAGGUGGCCUGAGAGAAGUGAGUCAAUGCGUUGGGUCAGAGUCCUGUUAAACCAACUGGAGUGUCCUGGGCAAGACCCUGGGAAGCAGAGCUCUGUUAGGUGAAGUUCCACUCCUGCACCUUUUUAGACGAGGCACCUUGGCACAGGAUGUUACAUUUCUGUGACGAGUUCAUCUGCCCAUUGUAGUCAGCACGUAGUUCUCUAGCUAAAAUUCUCAUUCUUCAUGAGAUAGAAGAAUGUGAAAUGAAAGAAUAAUUCUUGAAAUGUCAUUCAGAUGCCCCCAGCAUAUUGUGAAUUUCCUGCAACUGGUGGGUUACAAAUCCAGUGGUUGCCAAGUAUUGGAGCAGUGCUGGGGUGGCUUGUGGAAGCCUGUGGAUCGCCAAGAGAAUCCAACUCAUGAAAAGCUGGAUGUUUAACAUCUUCCCAAGGGAUACUGGUCACCAGGCAGCUUGGGAACCAGGUAGGGCAGAGCAGAUAAAAUAUUUUAGGCAGGAGAGAAACAUCCUCUAAAAAGUGAAGGAUGGGAGAGGAGUGCAAAUACUUGGGAGUUGAGAACAGGGAGAGAGUUGACAGAUUGCCUGUCAUCUUUGGAAACCAUCGUAAGUGACGCAAAUACACCGCUGUGGUGGAAGAUCUGGUUAGAGGGGUUGUGCUUCUGUGAAAGGAAGUGGCCACGGUGGGUGGCGAUUUGAGAGACUUGAUGGAGAGCAGGGCUGCCUAAUGUCAAAGUCCAGUUUUCCAAGCGCACACACACUGAUGUUGAGGUAUCACAGACUGAGAAUCUGUGUUAGUAACAGUUGACCAUUGUUUGAACUAGCGGUUUGUAGUGAAUGUUUUGCAGCCCUAGUUAAUUUGGGGGAGAAAGCAUGCAUUCCUGAAGAUGAAUGUGCACCAUUUGAAACUUCUUCAGUCAUCUUCUUUUUAAGCAAAAAGGGCUUUGUGUUCAUCAGGAAUUCUACUGAAGCAGGUUAUUAAGAGCUUUCAAAAAAAAAAAAAAAAACGUUUGGUUGCCAAAGGUUUAAGCAUGCUACUUCUUUGUUACCCUUGUCCCUCCCUCUGGUUUCCAGACCUCUGAUGAUGGGAUUGAACACUCCUGUCACUCAGGGAGCACGUGCUCUG